AUCCUCACAUCAAACCAGCACAAUGGCAUUCAAGUUCGUCGUUCUCGCUUGCUUCGUGGCAGCUACCAGCGCUGGUUUACUCCCGGCAGCUCCCUUCGCAUACUCUGCAGCUCCAGUAUACCAUGCAGCUGCUCCCGUCUAUCACGCUGGCCCAGUGGCCUACGCUGCACCUGUGGCAAAAUACGCCGCAGUCGCUCCCGUAGCCAAAGUUGCCGUCGAAGAAUACGACUCUCAUCCCCAAUACAGCUUCGCCUACGAUGUGCAAGACGGUCUAACUGGUGACUCCAAAUCCCAACACGAAACCAGAGAUGGUGAUGUUGUAAAAGGUUCCUACUCCGUUGUUGACCCUGAUGGCACCAAGCGUACCGUUGACUACACUGCUGAUCCCCACAAUGGUUUCAACGCAGUUGUCCACAAGGAACCUUUGGCCGUUAAAGCUGCCCCCGUCGCAUACGCUGCCCCCGUAGCUAAAGUAGUAAGCCCCUACGUGCACGCUGCCCCCGUGGCCUAUGCAGCUGCUCCCGUUGUGCACGCUGCCCCAAUCGCCAAAAUUGCUGCCCCUGCUAUCUCAUACUCCUCUCCUUACUACCACCACUAAACAAAUGCCAAAACUUACGAAGUGUUGUAGCAUCGCAUAAUUGUAACUACAAGUAGAGUUUUAAGAUGUAAUGCCUCUCAUUAGGAUAAGUUAAAUAAAUUAUUUUUACCAUCA